AUGGAGCAGCGUUAGGGUCAAGGGUGGUAGCACCAAAAGUCUAUUGUUGGAGAACGGAGGACCUCAGCCACCACCGCUUAAGGGUGCUCUUAGAAAAGAGAGUCGUUAUAUCACAGCAUUGUAUUUCACAUUCAGCAGCUUAACGUCCGUCGGUUUUGGUAACGUUGCACCCAACACGGAUACCGAAAAAAUAUUUACUAUUAUCGUUAUGCUGAUAGGAUCACUAAUGUAUGCCAGUAUAUUUGGUAACGUAUCAGCAAUAAUUCAAAGAUUAUACAGCGGUACUGCGAGAUAUCAUACGCAAAUGUUAAGGGUACGAGAAUUCAUAAGAUUCCAUCAAAUACCAAACCCACUUAGGCAACGUUUGGAAGAAUAUUUUCAGCAUGCGUGGACUUAUACAAACGGGAUCGAUAUGAACAGCGUUCUCAAAGGAUUCCCCGAGUGCCUUCAGGCUGACAUUUGUCUUCAUCUCAAUAGAAAUUUGUUAAACAAUUGUAGAGCCUUCGAGGGAGCUAGUCCAGGUUGUUUGAGAGCUUUAUCAUUAAAAUUUAAAACGACACAUGCACCACCCGGGGACACUUUGGUACAUCGUGGAGACGUAUUAACGUCAUUAUAUUUUAUAUCACGCGGAAGUAUUGAAAUAUUGAAGGACGAUAUAGUAAUGGCAAUAUUAGGAAAGGACGAUAUAUUCGGUGAAAAUCCAUGUAUCUAUCCGACAGUCGGGAAAUCAUCGUGCAACGUUCGUGCAUUGACAUAUUGCGAUCUUCACAAGAUACACAGGGACGAUUUGCUCGACGUAUUGGCACUUUAUCCCGAAUUUUCUAAUCACUUCAGUCAAAAUUUAGAAAUAACAUUCAAUAUGCGUGAUGAAGAACAAGCAGGUGUUGAUCCAAUGUCAGCAAGGUUUCCUGUAAGUACUCCAACAGACGUCGAAGUUGACGCCAGGAGAUUUGCCUUCCGUCCACCAAGAUACCGUCGAGGACCUGGAGGAGGUCCUGGCACCAAUCUUAUACCUACAGGUCGACAAGAUUCCUUGCAAGACGAACAAGAAGACUACGAUAAGAGUAGUGGUCACGGUAUACUUGAAUUUAGUACCGACAAAGCUGGUCAAGAUGUGACACCGUUAAAUUUGGAAUUCGAUGAACCGAAGCAAAGAAGUUCUACUUUGAAUUCCAUUACCGGCAUGCUAACCCAUCUCAAGCGCAGUAUUCCGGACCUACGUCAGCACAAGAUUCAUCUGCAGCCUCUAACGAGUCAUGAUUACCUCGCCAAACAGAUGACAACGCCGUUGACAAAACCAGCGCGCAGAAGUUCGGCCACUGGUGAAAGUUGCCUAAGUCAAAACGUCAUUCAUCCAACUUCGACGACAUCCAGUCAUUAUACAACACCUUCCCCACCACAGCAUCCACAUUCUCACGGUGAUUUUCAAAGUGGUCCAGGACGACCGAUAGAAGAAAUAAAUGCUAGGAUAGAUCAAUUGACGAGACAAGUAACAUCAUUGGAAAGUUCUGUUACCGGAGACAUUAGAUUGAUAUUAACAUUGUUACAACAAACGCUUAAUUCGUCGAGGGAAAGUUCUAGCAUAGAAAUGAUGCCUGGUACUGCACCUGCAGGUUCGGCAAGACAAACCGGUAGGCCACCGGCACUUGUUCAAAGAUCUGCAAGUGAACCCCAACCACCAACAACUCCUGCUAUUUCUAAUAACGGAAAUGGAAAGAUUCAACCUAGCACGUCGCAUGGGUUGUUUAGCUUUCUUUCGAAAUCCCUGGAUCAGUUGCAUUUGAUUUCGGCGUCUUUUAUUUUGGAUAAAUUGGACAAGUUCCGAAGUUCUAGCGUUUCACGAAGGAUUUCGACAUUUUGGAUUUGGAGAAACAAGCAACGUAUCUUAAAAACUGCCGAUGGUGUAGGAGACUUGCGACACGGAAAACUUGUUAGACCACCAACAAGGGAACCAACGUCUACGUCAUCAGGUACAUCGAGACUUACUAUGACUUCUGAUACGUCGGCCUUGGCAACGGCCCUUCAGGCAGCCUUGAAUGGAAGGACAGCACCAACCAGAUCACAGAGUCAACCGAUUGACUUGGCUGUACCUACGACCACCCAACAAACUCAUCAACCACACGCUUGGCAUAGUCAGCCUGCGGCAUUCAGAAGAGGUGAAUUUAGAAGCGGUAGGUACAGUUCAUUCAACAAAAGAUCCGAACCUGAAGGAGAGGAUCCAUGGACUUGCGUGGUGUCGGUGCCAGAAACCAGAGGAACUUCGCAAAGACCACGUAGCGGGGAUUCGCGUAAAGAUUCAUCAUCCAAUCAUCGUUGUUUAAAUGAUCAACAAAUACAACAACAACAACAACGUGGAACGGAAAAUGGUGGUGGUGGUGGUGGUAGUUGUGCUGGUAGACAUGGGACAACAUUGACAGGAGGAUUAUCAACUACGACGACUACGACAACAACAGCAACGGGGGGGCUAGGGGGAGGAACAAUACCGGGUGGUCAACAAUUGAUUACGAGUGGUGGUGCUGGUGGUGGACAAGAUGGUGGUGGUGGUGGUGGUAUUAAUCAACGUCAAGAAUCUUCUAGGCAAACCAGCGAAGACAUGUCAUGGGAAUUUACGAUAAACGAGGCACCAAUAGCAAGACUUGAAUCAUUGGACGAGUUAGAUCAAGAUCAUGGUAGUUAAGGGACAAUUCAAAUGGGAUUUUUAUCAUCGUCAUUCGGAAUUAAAGAAGACCAAACGAAUAAUAAGAUUUUAUUUACGUGCUAUUGGGGUGGGGACUUAAAAUUUAAAAAAAAAGUUGGCUCAACUUUCCCCACCCGCAACAAUAAAAAUAAACAAAAUGAAUGGAAAGAAGGAAGGAAGGAAGAGAGAAAUAAUUGCUGUGAGUUCGCUUGCUAACUCGUUUCCGGGUUAUUUUUUUUUUUAACUUUUCUUUGUCACCACCCCUCCCUCCUCCAUACACCCCACCCAAGCCGGAUUAUGAAUGAUUACUGACAAUGUCGAGGGCAGAAAAAAAGAAAGAAAUAUAUAUAUAUAUAGUGUAUAAUUGAUAAUAGACAAAUGACACGCUGCUGGUCUAUUGGGUUUUCUCUCUUAGAAAAAAUGAUAAUUAACUAAUUCGACGGGCGCAAAAAGAAAAAACAGAGAUGCUUAAUUUUAACCCCCACCCACCCCCCUACGGCUCCUCUCCUCCUUGUUCUAAAUAAUCUCUAUAAUACAAAUUAUUAUUAAAAUAAUCUUCUUUCUCUCUUAAGAUCCUUACUUUUUUUUGUAGGGGGGGGAGGGUGAUUAAAUCCAUACUCGACCAUAGUAAAAGUAUUUAUCUAAAAAAAAAAAGCUUUCACACGUUUCAAUGCCAAGAGACCCCCCUCCCUCCCUCCCCAGGACUCGGAUAUUAGUAAUGCAUAUAUAUACAUAUAUUAUAUUUAUUAAAGUAUGUUCAAAAGAUAGAAAGAUAGAGAGAGAGAGAAAGAUAAUGAUUAAAAUCAUUUAGGAUGAAAAACUGAUCGACGAGCGCGUUUUAUUCUUAUCGAGGGGGAAAAAAAACACACACACACAAAAGAGUAGAAAAGCGAAAAGAAAAAAAAAUGUGAAGGGGAAAGAAAAAAAGAAAUGAGAACGGAAAUAGAAAAACGAUAACGAAAUGGGAUGAUAAUAAAACGGUAAACACGAACAUUAAUAUUACGCAAAAUAAAAUAAAAUAAAAUAAAAUAAAAUAAAAUAAAAUAAAACAAAUUACGUCCUUCUAGAACGAAGUACACGAAGGGAAACAAAGAAAGAACGAGAAAAAAAAACCAAUUGUCAAUAAUUAUACACACGUGAGCACCGUAUUUUGCUUACUUUUAAAAAGAUACAGCGAGUAAAUAAUAAAUGAAAAAAAAAAGAAAGAAAAAAAA